UAAAAAAAUAAAGAGACCCACACAGAGAGAAACCCAGAAGGAUCUGGAAGAAACAAAGAAGAAGAAGAGCGAUCCUUUCUUUUCUUUAUUAACUUUUUAUUUUUAUUUUCUGAUUUUCUCUCACAAAGACAAUUCUCAUCCUUUCGUAUAUAAACAAAAAACCCAUUCUCUCCUCCCCCUUUUUUUUUUGUUUUUUUUUUUAAUAAUCUUCAUCUUUUCUUGUUCAAAUUACAAAACUCAAAAAAUUCGUCAUCCUCAUCGCUACAUUUUCAGCUGUCGAACAACAAAACUCCAAAAGGAAUUGGCCAUGGAAGAACCAGUUGCUACGAGGUAUUGGUGUCACAUGUGUUCUCAAACCGUGGAUCCAGUUAUGGAAGCUGAGAUCAAAUGCCCCUUUUGUCAUAGUGGGUUUGUUGAAGAGAUGGCAGACGACGAUGUUCACGACGAUGUUCAUGAUUCCUCAGAUACCGCUGAUGCCAGAGCUAACAACUCUCUCUGGGCUCCUAUCUUGAUGGAACUCAUGACUGAUCCUGUGCGCCGCAGAAGGAACCAGAGUGUUGAGUCUGUCGAAGACAAUCAAAACGAGACUGGAGAGAACAACAACAACACCGAUUUGGAUUCGCAGCUUCAAGAGAUUCUUAGGAGAAGGAGAAGACACUCCGCUGCUGUUUUGCAGUUGCUUCAGGGGAUACGAGCAGGCUUGUCACUCGAAUCUGAGUCUACUGGUAAUGGAGAUAAUAAUAAUAAUACUCUUGAUAACAACAAUCCAGAACGAGUGAUCUUGAUCAAUCCUUUCAAUCAGACGAUCACGGUUCAAACCUCUGCCGAUAGGGAUUCUGUACCUGCUGGUUCUUUAGGCGACUAUUUCAUCGGUCCUGGAUUCGAGAUGUUGGUUCAGCGUCUUGCUGAGAAUGAUCCCAACAGAUAUGGAACACCUCCUGCUAAAAAAGAAGCUGUUGAGGCUUUGUCUACUGUGAAAAUGGAAGAGACGCUGCAAUGUUCGGUUUGUUUAGAUGAUUUUGAGAUUGGUACUGAGGCGAAGCUGAUGCCGUGUAAGCACAAGUUUCAUGCUGACUGCUUGCUCCCAUGGCUUGAGCUUCACAGUUCAUGCCCUGUUUGUAGAUUUCAGUUACCCGCAGAUGAACCAAAGACUGAUUCAGCAACAACAACAACAAGUGAUAACAAUGGAGGCAGUAGUGCUUCUGCUACAAGCAGCAGCCAUGGAGCUGGGAACAGCGAUGGAAACCGCCGAGAAGAAGAAGAGGAGGAGGAUGGGAGCGAGGAUAAUGACGAUAGCGGAUUCUCUAUCCCGUGGCCGUUUAGCACCUUGUUCUCCUCGUCCCAAGAUAGCAAUGCAUCAACUGACUCGCGUUAAAGUAUGUCCCCUGAAGCAACCAUAAGCUUUUUUUGGUGUGAUCAUGAAACUUCGGUUCAACCUAAAUCUGAUCUUUUGUCUGUACAUAAGUUUCUCAGAUUUGGUUGAAAGCUACAUCUUUGGAAAACAUAAAUCUUUCAUUUUGUGUUCUUUUUGGUUGUUUUGAACAAAUAUUUGUCGGAUUCUGUAAGCCGUUGAUGUGUUUUUUGUUGUCAACUAAGGCACAUCUUGAACUUAGUUUGUUAUCGGUAACGGUAA